AUGGUCUUAGAAACUAAUGGUAGUAAACUAAAAAAAGAGGAUAUUGCUCUUUAUAAGGAAAUUAGCGAAAAAAAAGAUGAAGAUGAUUAUUUUAAAACUACCAUUGAAGCGACCGAAAAACUGAAAGAGCAGUCGGAAACAACUUUAAAGGAAUUAGAAAGCAAGAUAGAAAGUAAAGAUUUAGAUGCUAACAAUGAAACUACCAAGAAAACAUUAAAAGCCAGCAAAGAUAAUAUUGCUAAACACCAAACCAAAAUUAAUUAUUUAAAAAUCAUUCAAGCUAAGGGUUUAAAUGGUAUUGAUUGGUCACUGACUAAUAUCUUAUAUUCCGGCGGAACAUUUCUUGUAGCCGCAAAAAUUGUGGCUGCGGCCAAGAGUAAGGAAAAAAAGAAAGAUGACUUUAAAACCUUACUGGAUAGUUUGUUAGAUGAUAAAACUCCUAAAGACAUGAAAGAAGAAUUAACCAAUGAAUUAAGUAAAUCAGGCGUGAGUGAAGAAAAGCAAGCAUUUAUCAAGGAAGCUCAAGCUAUCCUCCAAGAAGUAAAGACUAAGGAAGCAUUGGACCAAAAAGCCUACUCUUACUGA